AUGGCUCGUGUUUAUGUGCUAUUAUUUCUGGUUCUAUUUGCUUCAUUGUUUGAAGGAGCGCGUUCCCACCACUCUGAGAGUUGUGGUGCACGCAGAGUUAAAACUUAUGAUUCCCGGAUUGUAGGAGGAACUACUUCCCGGCAAGGUUCCUGGCCAUGGUUGGUCAGCAUACAGACUCCAGGGUUCAAUGGAUAUGGACACUUUUGUGGAGGAACCCUAAUACAAGACCGAUGGGUGCUGACUGCCGCACACUGCUUCAGUGAUUUAAGCUUUGUGGCCAAAUGGAGGAUUUUGAUCGGAGGUCACCAACUAUCACAACUUGGCAAAGAUGUGCAGAUAAGAUAUGUGAAGUCGUACAUCCUGCAUAAAAGAUAUAAUGGGCAAUUUAAGAUCAAUGAUAUUGCCCUCAUACAGCUCAGCUCGCCCGUACAAUACACCGACUAUGUUCAGCCAGCCUGUUUACCCAGCAGAACCAUGGACAUCUCCAGCAUGACCACAUGCUACAUAAUUGGCUGGGGAAAAAUGUCUGAGAAAGCUGAUAAAACAGCGGAUAUACUACAAGAGGCCAAAGUGUCACUGAUUGACUACGAAACCUGUAACAGCCCAGGCUGGUACAAAGACCGCAUCCAUCGACAAAACCUGUGCGCUGGAUAUCAAAAGGGAGGAAUCGAUUCGUGCCAAGGAGACAGUGGAGGACCACUCAUGUGUUUGGAUACAACAACUUCAAAGUACUUUGUAGUUGGUGUCACAAGCUGGGGUUCUGGUUGUGCCCGCAAACAACGUCCGGGUGUCUAUGCCAGUACCCAGCAUUUUCUGAAGUGGAUUUCUGCUAAAUUAAUGGGUUGCUCUGGUCAGCAGAAACAGACGCCUACGUUUAGCGCCACUUCUAAUACAUUUUCUUCAGGAUCUGAACGUAAAUUGGAUUACAAGCCUCCAUCUCAACAAGACUUCACAGCAAGGCAAUCUACGAUGGGCAGCCCUUACGUUAGGAAAAUCCUGCAGAGGUUCAAACUUGCCUAGUGCGUCGGGCUGCAGGCCCCAGAAGAGGAGGAUCGGGUGCAUGAGCGAAGUAUAAUGCCCUGUACACACGAUCGGAUUUUCCGUCGGAAAAAAGUUGGGUUUUUCCAACGGAAUUUCAUUUUUAAGGUCAUCACAGAAGACAAGGGGGUACUCUUUUCAUGUGGAGGAAAAUAUAUUUCAUCUACAAAUACAGUAAGAGCUGUGAAAAUGUGGAAUACACUCCCUCCAGAGGUAGUUCUGGCAAGCUCAGUAGAUUGCUU